AUGGCUGCAACACGUGUAGUAGAUAUGAUUGAGCGACCAUGGGCAGAGAUGCCCCCCUGAGUGCUACGACCAUGUCACGACAAGGGUCCGUAGUUCACGGAUCAAGAUGGCCGCCCUACCCAUGACUAAUAUAAAGGCUAGUAGCCUUAUUAGAGACGCCUAUCCGAACGGGUCUUGCGCGUUGUAGGGAAUACUACAUGAUGAAGCAGGAGGCGAGCUUCGCUUCGUUCUUUAUUAGGUUAUAACCGUUGUCUAUCUCAACGUAAACGCAACAGGCUCUACAUUCCUCUGCUACCCUCCCACCAGGUGCAUCUACAUCACAAUAUAAUGAUUACGUAUAUCUUCCCUAUUCAAACCCGUAACAGAUUAUAGCAGAUUAUUUCCGCACUUUAAACUACAUGUCCGAGCAAGAUCAAGCCAACCUUGCGAACAUGACGCUCUCACAUCGAUAUAAGCAUUCUAGCCAACACUCUUCCAGUACCAUGACCACGCCACAGGCGACCACCCCGUCAUCCACGCCUCAGAGAUUCAAUGGCCCUGCGAGGGACGGUGAUUGGACCAACUACCGGGACACGAUUACGUCCCUGUAUCUCGACCAGAACAAGAGCCUAAAAGAGGUCAUGCGCAUCAUGCGAGAAGAAUACUACUUCUACGCAACAGAAAAGAUGUACAAGAUCCGCUUCAACAAAUGGGGCCUGCAUAAGAAGUUGCGGGCCCACCAGGUAGCAGAACUCCUGGUCCAGCGGGGUAAGCGCGCUGCCGUCGGCAAGCCGUCUGUGUCCUUCGUUGGCGGCCGCAAGAUCGAUGCCGACAGGCUCAACACAUAUUUACGCCGGGUCUCCCCCGCCAGGCGCAAGGAGCUAAUCGCCAUACUCUCGGGCAGGGCAGAAAUGGCUAGCACUCAGAAGCGUAGCAUAGAGGACAUCAUAUGUCGGACGCCGUCGCCCGAGCCAGAGCCGGAGAUGGAGAUGGUGCCGAGGCGACUGGAAGCGCCCGAUAGCUUACGGCUGCCCGAGGAAUGCAUGCAAAUCGUACAGACUUACGUCGGGGGCGCCUUCGACGGUGCGUUAUGGCAAAGAACGCCUGACAAGGAAUUGGUGUUUCCACCCCGGGGGAAAACGUGGCUAGACCCCGUGUCGUCCGCUAGGCAACUGUUCAUCAACGGCUUCACGGAGCAGGGGUUCCGCAUGAUUAGGAUAACCUUUGACGGCUACAGAGACGUGAUGUUACGGCAAGACCCCUCGCUGCUCGUCGAGACAUGUCUCGCCCUCGGCGCGUUACGACAAUCCGGGCCAGGCUUAGCCGAGUCAUUGAUCAACUACUCAUACAACAUGUCGCGGAUCGUCUUCGGUCCUAGACAUCCCUUACACUUACUAUUCGCGCGACUAAAAAGCGCCAGCCCGUCCGAGAUCGCGCAGUUCUCGGGCCUGAUACUAGAGACUUUCCUGAAAGCCGUCCAGGUGGAUAGCCGCCUGAAGCCGACGUACCUCGCGACGGUGUACCGCGCGAUGCUCAACAGCGAAUUCCUCGAGCCGGCCGCGGCGCAGCGGUACAUGCAGGACCUCCUCGCGGGCCUCAGGGAGGACACGUCGUUGUCGUCAUCAGCGGCGGACGCGGCAGCCCAGGAAUCAAGAAAGCGAGACAUCGAUCUCCUCGACCACCACCUCACCUGGCUGUUCAACGUGCACAACAAGCCGACGGAGGCCAAGGUGGCGGCGGACACGCUGGCAGCGAACCGCGGCCGCGACCCGCGCCUCGCGCGCUUCAGCUGCUACAACAUGCUGCGCACGCUGCCGACAAGCUACGAGGUCAGCGACGAGGAGGCCGUGAGCAUCCUGUACCGCAGCCUGGCUAUCAGCGAGGCGGAGUUCGGGCACAACGACAACGCGACGGUGACCGUGCUCGCGACGCUGCAGAAGUACCUCCGGCGCAUGGGCCGCGUCGAAGAGGCGGCUAAGGUGCGCAAGGACUUCGAGACAAGGUGGGAUGAGGUGGUGGAGGGUAUGAGCCGGCUGAAGGCCUGACCCGCAGCCCUGAUGAAUACCUACUACAUGGUGCAAUAGAAAGGGGGUAUAUCGCGGUACACUGAAGAGUCGUGAGAGGACAUAUAGGUGGUAUUGUGUAUAUCCUUUAUGUAGUGGCUCCGCAGCUUUGGAUCGCAGACUGCGGGCUU